AUGGCUUAAUAAGACAUUUAAAGAAAAGCCAAAGCAUACCUAGAUAAACAUUAAAUUGAGGAAAUAUUGGGAGAUCUAGUAACCACUCUAUCCUAUCAUCAAAUGAAAAAUCCGAUUAUAUAUAUUAUUAAAUAUUUGUGCACCGUUCACUGUACACCCAAAGAAUUACAAGAGGCAGGAAUACAAAUUGACAACAGAGAAAAAGUAGAAUAACCAAUCCUAUGCUUGCCUUUUCCGAAUUUGUCCCAACAUCAAGGCUCAAUCAAAAAAUUGACAAAAGAGUAAUUUUAUGCUUGCAAAAAUAAAAUCACUGAUCAAGGAAAUAAUUUUAGAUCGAUCUGCAAACUUAUUCAAGAUAAUCCCAAAUCUAAACCUGGCCUUUUUGCUGUUGAUCCGAGUUCUUAUCUGAUCUAUAGCGAUCUAUUUGAUCCCAUCGUUAAAGAAAAAGGGUACUUAGGUACUCCAAUUAAAGAUAUGUCUUACACACUUACAUCCUCUAUUCUAGAAGAUGUUAAACCAUUUUUAGAAGAAUCUAUUUUUGUUCUCAGAAGAAAUGUCCCAAAAUAGAGAUUUGGUUCCACCCUAUAAAACAGACAGGCUUUGACCAAAGAGUUAUUUUAAGUUCUAUCAAAAUAAUCAAUUAUUAACUACUCCUUACAUAAUGAUUUAUCAGCUAUGGCACAAGAAGAUGUUAGAAAAUUGUAAAUCAACGAUAAAUUGUUUAAGAAAAAAGAUCCAAAUCAAGCAAUCAUUAAUCAAAUAUUUAAAGGAUUGCGUCAUCCAGAUUGGCCCGUUGAUAGAAUGGUACUUUAAUCAAGUGAUAAAUAAAAUAUUGUUUGGAUCAACAGAGAAGAUCAUCUUAAAUUCAAAUUUCUCAAUUUAGAAAAAACAUCUAUUAUUGAUGCUUUGGAUAAUUGUUGCAAAAUGAAUUAAUACUUAGAUUCUAAAGAAUUAGUCAGUUUUGAUGAUAAAUUUGGAUAUCACACUGUCAAACCAUAAUUUAGUGGUCUAGGUCUCACAUUUACUUUAAAAUUCAAGUUAGAUCAACAAUCAAUUAAUAAAAUUAAGUCAAAUAAUAACAAUUUAAGUUCUAAAAUAUAAAAUAAAGUGUUUAAUGUUUAAACAAAAGAGAAAGAUAAGUACUUUACAAUUAAAUCAGAAAGAUGCACAGGAUUAACAAUGAAACAAUAUGUGGAAUAACUAUGUUAAAUUCUCUCAAUACUAUUUGAAGGAGUAAUCAAGAAGCCAGAAACCUAUACAAUUGAGAAAUAUUUUAAGAAUGAAUAACAAAUAUAAUAGUAGUAAUAGUAAUAAUAAUAGCAAUAAUAAUAAUAAUUAUUAUAAUAAUAAUAGUAAUAACAACACUAAUAACAAUAAUAACAAUAAUAGUAAUAAUAAUCACCCCCCCCCCCCUCAUCAUCAUCAUAAUAAUAAUAAUAAUAAACUUAAUCAAUUUCAAAGCUAUUAGAUGAAAAUAAUACUAUGUCUCCAUCUAAAGCAGCUUAAUCACCCUCGCAUGUUGCAAUUGAUAUUAUUUAAAAUCAACCUGAAGAAUAGGAAUAUGCAACUUUGCACAAAAAAAGAUUAGAAACCUUUUUGAAAAAGCUAAAAGAAACCAAUAAACCUAGGCUCAACAAAAUAUGUGAAUUGAAAGAACUAGUAGGUUUGCUCAAAGAUGAUACUUUAUAUUUCUAAAAUUAGAAUAAGAAAUUUAUUAUUGUUAGAAGAAAUCUAAAAAUUAGAAGAAAAAAUGUCGAAGAGAUUAUUGGAUUAAAGAAUUAAUAAGUAUCAGACUAAAUUUUGAAGGAGUGCAAUUUAAAUGGUAAUUGUGAAAAGGGAAUAUUUCAGUAUAAGUAUAAGGGUUAUGAAUAUUAUGUGGCAAUUGAACUUGAUGAUGAUUUGACAUUUAUUUUCCCAAUUAUUAAGAUUUCUAUCUCCUAAUAACUGCAUAAAAUACAAAGAAUAGUCGAUUAAUUCUUGCCUAAAGAUUUAUCAUAUGCUUGGGAUAAUUAAUAUGGAUAUUUAACUAAUAACAAUAUUUAUUUAGGUAGCGGAAUUAGCAUAACUUGUGAUUUUCCAUAAUUUAUUCAACAUGAAAUUCCAGGAAUCCUUAAAGAAUUGAUUUUAGAUGAUUCUAUAUAAAACUCGAAUAAUUAAUUCUUAACUCUUACUUCUUUAGAUGAAUACAAUCUUUAAAUUUACAGAAAUGCUGUAAAUGAGAUACUGCUCUAGUAAAAGUUGUCAGAGAAGAAAAUAAGAAAAGCUUUAGAUAAUUAAAUAUGUGAAAGUGAUUGUUAUUAAAAUGAUCAACUUUGGGCACCGUCGAAGAAAUGUUUCGAAGACUUCGAAGAAUUAUAUACACAGUAUAUUUGGAAUAUAGCAAUAGCAUAUUUUAAUGGAAAACAAGUUACUCCUUUCAAAAAUUAUGAUCAAAUCAAAUCCGAUUCCUAUAAGCUUAACAUCCCUUAAAAUCCUGGCGUUGUAAAUAUCAAAUGUACAUUUUACAGAAAUUUUGAAUCACUAAAAUACCAACAUGAAAUGUCGGUUUAAGAAAAAAUAAAAAUGAAGGCUAAAUACAAUGAUUUCAUAAAGAAUAAUGAGUGGAAAUUUGGAAAAGCUCAUCAUUUGGAAAUUAGUUUUGAUAGCAAACCGGAAGAGUUCAUCUAGAACUUCUGCCAAUUUUGGAAUCAAUUAAUUGAAUAAGGCAAAGAAUUUUAGAAAAAUUGCAACAUGGGAUUCUAUGGACCAAAUUUAAAUCAAAGUUUAUUAGAAGGAUUCCAAUUAGAAAUAAAAACAAAUAAACCAAUAAAUCCAGAUUUGAUUAAGAGUUAUAAUUAUAAACCUUGCUAUCAUAAAAAUGGAAUUAUGAACUAAGAAGAUGCAAUUACAGCAAUUAUGAGUAAUAGACCUUGCGUUCUAGAAUUCGAAUUAAAUUUGAUUUAAGAAUUAUUGUGA